GGGCUCCGGGGCCGGGGGAGAGGAGAAGGAGACGGCCUGGGUGCUCCGGCGGUGGGUUGGGCGUCGUUCUUCCCCCCCUCCCCGGGGCUGCCGGGCGUUAGGAGCGAGGAAGCGGCCCCGGGGAGGCGGCCGCGCCUCUCGUCCGACGGCGGCCGGGCCCGUGCCCCGAGCGGCCAGCAGUGCUGGUCUCGGCUUCCACGUCGUCCCUUUGUGGGCAUUUGCGGUCCCUUAGCGGGCCUGGGACCUUGAGCGUGCCGACCCUAACGCUCUUCGGUUUAGUGUGUUCGGAUAAAUCGGUCGUGUGAAAAUGAAAGAAAAAACAAAACUCUUUGAACUUCCCUAUUAGCUCAGUACGUUAUCAUAAUUUUGGAGGAUUCCAGCACUGAGAUUUCUGGAGUCUGCUGUGUCUAGCCUUAAUGAGUUCGUCACUGGUUGCUUAUGAUGAUUCAGACUCUGAGACAGAAACUGAAAAGGCUGAAGUCCCCAAUACUUCUAGCAGACAAACAAGCUGUCCAAGUUCAUCUGUGAAUCGUGUUCAGUACUCUGCACCUGGUAGUUUUGGUACAAAAUCUACAUAUGAAAUGCAGCCCACUGAGAACACUGACAGUUCUGGCACAAGCACUGUUUGUGAAGAUCCCCCUGAGCACUGUGCACAGAAUAAUAACACUGAUUUGAUAUCUCCUCAUUGUAGGAGAGCAUACUCCGGCCAUACUGCAUUAUGUAUGUCCUACAAAAACUAUGAACAGACAUCAAGCUCUUCAACAAACUCUGGAAAUGGCAUUUCCCAGAAGAGAAUACAUAAAGACAGUACUACUGCCAUAAAAGGAAUUAGACCAUAUAUCCCUAAAAGAUUGCGUCAAGAAAAUUCCAGUAUGCCUGAAAAAAAAGAAUCUGAUCAGAGAGAUAGCUCAGAUUGUGAUGUUAAGCUGGGCAUAUCAGGAGAGCAGACUUCGAGAAAGAUCUCUGAAUUAAUUAAGCCAUAUUUGGGAUCCAAAUAUAAAUUAACUGAAGUCCCCAAAAGCUUAAUAUUUUACAUGUCUAAACACAGUGGCCCUGUUAAUGAAAUCCAGUGGUGUCCUGUACGAGAACAAAGUCACAUGCUUCUCUCGGCUUCUAUGGAUAAAACAGUAAAGGUAUGGGAUGCUGUAGAUACAGGCUGGUGUUUAAAAACAUACUCCUGUCAUUCCUGUGCUGUUCGAGCUGCCCGGUGGUCAUCCUGUGGAAGAAGGAUCCUCAGUGGGGGCUUUGAUUCCAUGCUGCAUUUAACAGAUGUAGAAACAGGGAAGCAGAUAUUUAGCAGCAAAAAUGAAUUUAGGAUCAGCGCACUGAAGUUCCACCCUACAGAGUCAAAUAUUUUCAUUUGUGGAGGGUUCAGCCCGGAAGUUAAAGCUUGGGAUAUAAGGACUUCUAAGGUGUUAAGAGUGUACAAAGCUGCAGUACAACAGACAUUGGAUAUACUCUUUCUCCCUGAAGGAAGAGAAUUUCUUACAAGCACAGAUGCAGUAAGCCGGGACUCAGCUGAUCGUACCAUUAUUGCAUGGGACUUCCAAAGUUCUGCGAAAAUCUCCAAUCAGAUUUUUCAUGAGCGUUAUACUUGCCCAAGUCUAACUCUGCACCCAAAAGAGUCUAUGUUUGUUGCUCAGACGAACGGGAACUACAUGGCUUUGUUUUCUGCCCAGCGACCUUACCGAAUCAAUAAAAAGAAAAGAUAUGAAGGACAUAAGGUGGAAGGAUUUGCAGUGGGCUGUGAAUUUUCUCCAGAUGGAACACUUUUGGUGACAGGAAGUUCAGAUGGCAAAGUGUUUUUCUACAACUAUCAUACUGCUAGGAUUAUUCGCACUUUGUCUGCACAUAAAGAUGCUUGUGUGAGUGCAAUAUUUCACCCAGUCUUGCCAUCGCUCCUUGCAACAUGUGAUUGGGCUGGAGAAAUCAAGAUCUGGCAGUAACAAGCAGAGUUACUUUUCAGGAUGUCUCCUGUUAGUCUGUCAAAGGUGUAGGAAAUAAACCAUGGUAUGCAAUGUGAAAUUUUGUUGUGAUGUGUUGUAGGCAGGAGAGACUGUUGUCUGUUCUUCUAUGACCUCUAAGUGUAUGCUUUCAUAAUGCAGUUAAGAUGGUCUUGUCGCUAGCUGCUGAGCAAAGAAGUUGUCUUACUCUCUCCCUUGGACCUGGUGACAAAUUUCAGCCCCUUUUGUGUCAAUCUUCUGGUGCUCAUCUAGCCCUACCCUGCUUUGAGUAGCUAAACUUGAGAAAAUUACUGCUCUUUUUAUGUAGCUUUUCAAUGCAGCUUUCCUAAACCAGGUUUUGUCAUAGAAUCAUAGAAUCAUUUAGGUUGGAAAAGACCUUUAAGAUCAUCAAGUCCAAUCAUUAACCUAGCACUGCCAAGUCCACCACUAAACCAUGUCCCUAAGUACCACAUCUACACGUCUUUUAAAUACCUCCAGGGAUGGUGACUCAACCACUUCCCUGAGCAGCCAGGCCCAGUGCGUGACAACCCUUUUGGUGAAGAAAUUUUUCCUAAUAUUCAAUCUAAACCUCCCCUGGUGCAACUUGAGGCCGUUUCCUCUUGGCCUCACCAAAAGUUGGUGAGGACAUAUUAUUUAACAGAAGAUAGUGUUCAGAUCAAUUAAUGCCUAUUUGAUUGUCCUGGGAUUUUUUUUUUCCACUAGUUUAGCUCCCUGACCUGGUCACUGAAGAGUUAGACAAGCAAUAGUGUAGUUCAAGGCAAAACAGCGUCUCAGCACAAGAAGGGGCCAGAUCGUAGGGCAGGUGGGACUGCUUCUUUUGGUAAUGGAUAGCUGUUACCAGCUCAACCUAUUGUAAAAUGCCUUCUGAGAGUUCCAGGGAAAGGUGUGCCAGAUAAGGUGAAAUUAAUUUUGAAGUCAAUAAAUUUGUGUUCUUGAAAUCCCAAUGUUUAAACUUGAGUUUUAAACUUACAUUUAUGACUCUACAUAAACAAAGCAAAACAAUGUGUAAAUAUUUUUAAUGAAAAAAUAAACAUUUUUUUUAUUGA